AUGACAGACUUGACCUCGACUAUUGAAGAGGACAUACAAGGUGGUAGCCCUCAACUUCAACCUACAGCUGAAGUAUACACAGACUCUGGAUACGCUUCAAACAUAACCAGAGCACUUAAGCCAUUACAAAUACACACACAAGUCCAUCAGACAGAGAAAAUUGCAGCAGAUUAUAUGGGUAUGGGAUCUGAUUCCACUCCCCCCAGCCACAACGAAAGUCUAGAACAACCGGGGCAAAACGACGAAGUAGAGAGCAUAUAUUCAGAUGUCUCCAGCAUUCCUUUCUUAAGAAAGGCUGGUUAUAUAAGUGAGCUUGCCGACGAGCUCGCUCAAGUCAUCCAGCCUUAUCAACCGAAUGACGAUAUUCUCCAGCGGAUUUUUGAGGUACUUCCCGAGCUUCUGAAAGCAUUUGCUCUCAGCUUCGGUCAGCGUUUGUCUACUACCAUGCAGCGAGAUGUUAUGGUCUUUAUCCAUAGAUAUCGGAUGGAAAUCGUUAAAACCCUCGAGGAUAAUCUUUUGAUGGGAGAGUCUGAGGGCCAGAAUCGUCGAAACACAGAUAAGAUGUCGUUAAAUGACAUCAUGAAUCUCUGGCAUAGAACCGAGGAAUCCGUGCAGCAUGAGGGCCUCCCUAAUCCCGGAUGUGAUGACCUUGAAGAUUCUGAUAGUACGGAAACAGAACAAGUUGAUGACAUAGAUGAGAAUGAAUUACCUGGGCUGGUAGCGUACCGGUUCCUCAUUCGAGGUGCGCCCGCAUACAACUGGCUUCUGGAUAACCUCCGUAAAGAAUGUGUUCUGGCCCCCCCAGAGCCGAAUGUGAUAGGAGAAAUCCGAAACGCGAUUUUAGAGGCAUUACCCUCUUCGCCGAGAAUCAGCCGACGGAAGCCCGCAAAAAUAUUUGACGUAAGUUUCAUGGUUGAUUGGGACCCGAUUGCAUUCCUACGAGAGGAAGAAUAUGCAGAAGAGCCCGAGGAUGCAAUUGAGAGGGUUAUCACCUUGACAGGUUCAACUGUAUCGGCGCAAGCUUCGACUUGCGGUAGAUAUUUGCGACAAACAUGGCCCUCAACGGGUGAACAAAUUUUGAAGCUGAUAAAACCUUUGGUAUCGGGCGAAAACGAAGCCUCAGCUAUCUUGUCUAACGGUACUAGCCUCACUGUAUCGAACGGAUCCUCCCAGACUCAGGGAUCGUCGUCCAUUGUUUGUGUAGAUGCUUGUGGCACUGCGGCCUGCAUCGCAGAGAUAGGCGAACAACUCGCAUGGCUCGCAUCUGCCAUUCGUUCCUCACCGUACACACAUGACGUAGCGCACAGCAGACCAUUCGUUGACACUAUCCAAAUUGGCCAUGUGACAUACGAAGAGACUCCCAGAGUCACCUACAUCUGCAAAAUUGGAGUGAAUCUACAUCCAGGAAAGCAUGGCACUGAGACCACCAAUGGUGAAUGCUGGCACGAGUUGUUUGGAACCCCGGUUGUUGUGGAAGGCUUUCCCAUACCACGAAGAUCAGGAGAGGGCUCUCCAGGCCUUGAAAUUCCAUUGAACAUAAUGGCAGGCCUCGCACAGGCUCGCAGAAUUAGUUCUUUCGACGGCAAGACCCUUCUGAAGGGGUUUGCAGCUAUGUUGCUCCCUAUGAAGUACAUUCAAGGUAUAGUGACUUGGCAUCUUGUCCACUCCAAGGACGGGAAGCGCAUUUCUUAUCUUGAGACUGACAACUUCCAACCGGUGGAUAUUCAAAUCCCAGAACUGGAGAAGUCCCGACAUAUCUUAGGGUGGUGCCCGGAAAUGAAGUCAUACGCAGGAGCGGCAGAUGCAUAUUAUCAUAUCAAGGGUUCGAGGCUACCCCGAACUUCAGGACGUGGUUCUCUGAGAAAUGCAUCAUUAUUCACCGGACAUCUCGUCACCGGAGGUACUCCCUUUAGUGAGGGCCGGAAAGAUAUUCGUCUCCGUCGAAACAGUUAUAUUGUAAGAAUGAAGUGGAUCUCACAAAAUUUUGUGAUUCUCUGGGAUGUGGGAGAGAAGCGAGGCUGGCUAGUGAACGGAGCCAGCGCACUGCUACACCUUGUUCGCGCAUCCUUAGCGCAAGACCUACUCGAUAGUAAAUUUGGCGCACUGUGUCUAUUCUCCGAUAAAGAGUUCCAAGAGGCCUCACAACUGUAUCAGACAGACGCGGCUCUAGAAGUUCUUCUAAACCAGGCCAAUCUGAGAGUGAAAAUCUACCCCGAGAAGGAUAGCUUUAUUCACUUCAAGGACUAUGUUGAGGACUUUGGCGAUCUUUUAGAAAAAAUACUUGAUUACCAGUUCAAGGCUGUCGGGACAAAUCACAAGGCUUGUGGCAAUGUCCCGAGAUCAUUGUUGGAAGGCUGGGAUUUCAACGAUUUGGCAACUGGGCGAGAUCCCAUCUAUCCUCGAGAAGCCUUUUUGAACCAGGAGGGCCUUUCCUGGGAUGACUUCACUCGAUCUAUACACGCCAUCACGUUAUUCGGUCGAAGCUUUGGUGAAAUCAUUCAACCAGCCAAGGCCUGCUGUUCCGCGUGGGCAAAAUUGCCUCGGGGAAGAUCAUACCUUGCAGCCAGCGUCACUGAUUUGCACCAAAUAAUGGAAUCGGAUGGAGACCCAUAUUCUAUCCCUAUCAAGCUUACUCAUGAUAUACUCUGGUACACUCCUAACGAAACGUUUGCUCAAUGCAAGAAAGAUGAGACACACUGUGAUCCUGCUCAAGUACUGCUUCCCUUCAGGUUACACCGUGAACUAUCUGUGACUCGCUCUCGAUUACCAGCCAAAGGCGGUGCCGUCAUCUUUGGCCACAACAGCGUUCAUCAAUGGUUUUGGAGCGACAUUGGAGAUCCAUCAAGAACACCAAACGAGGCUAGCUGUAUGUCAUCGUCACGCAAUGAGAUACAUGGUCCUCGAUCUGAUGAUAGUGGAAUCGGAAGAAGUCUCGGCUCCCUGACUUCUAGACGGAGUGAAAGUAUCAUAGGCUCAACCUCUAAUCAACUCGACGAAGAAGAAUAUCCUGGGUAUAUACAUACGGCGACCAGCGAGUCGGAGGAUCAUCCAUCAUUAAACCAUAACAAAAAUUAUCAUUUUGGAGGCAAAUCCCCGUCUGCUAAGGAUUACAAAGUAGGCAUCGUGUGUGCUUUACACAUCGAGCUCAUGGCGGUGCGGGCGUCGUUUGACAAUAUACAUGAGAAAGUAGCCAUUUCUGGCGAAGAUCCUAAUUACUAUGCACUGGGUUGCAUUGAAGGACAUAGCGUCGUUGCUGUCUGCCUCCCUCAUGGAGUAGUUGGCACCAAUGCUGCCGCUGACGUUACGUCAAAUAUGAAGCGCAGCUUUUCAAGAUUGAAAUUCUGUCUGCUCGUGGGAAUUGGAGCGGGUGUACCCUCUCAAAAGAACGACAUUCGUCUAGGCGAUGUUGUGAUCAGCACUCCGAAAGGGGGUUAUUCAGGGGUAUUGCCGUAUGAUAUGAUCAAAAGUUGCGACUCUGGAGCGUCCGAAUUGAAUGGAUAUCUGUGUCCCCCGCCAUGGCAUUUGAUGUGUGCCAUAAGUGAGUUGGAGUCGGAUCCAUCACGGUCAUCAACGCCGCUCCAGAAAUACCUCCAGCAGAUCGAGGAAUGUAAAGAUCAGUAUAGACACCCCGGAGUGGCUCACGAUCAGCUUUUUGACUCUGAUUACAUACACAAUGGUGAUUACAGUUCCUGCGAUCAGUGUGACUCCGCCUAUAAGGUAAGAAGACCACCCCGCUUGUCUACCCACCCUGAACUUCACUAUGGUCUCAUCGCGUCUGGAAACCAAGUAAUGAAGUCCGCCAAAAUCCGGGACAAGCUGAGCCGGGAGCACAAUGUGCUCUGUUUUGAGAUGGAAGGGGCGGGAAUUAUGAACCAUUUUCCCUGCCUGAUUAUUCGUGGAAUCUGCGAUUAUGCCGAUUCACACAAGAACAAACGGUGGCAAAACUAUGCGGCUGCAACAGCUGCUGCAUAUGCCAAAUUGCUUCUUUCUCGAUUGAGGACGGCAGAUAGGUUGGAUAGUUUUGUGCCGCAGUCGGGAGUAAGUGAGAAUCAGCAGGAUUCCAGAAAAAGACCCGGACGCACUGAGCCGGGUUCAGAUGGAGAACAACCUGCGACAAAACGAAGAUAA